AAAGAUCCUAGUCAAAACAGGAUACCAAAGCUGGUCUUAAUAAUAAAAAAAGAAAAUAAAACUUAGUAAAUAUUAAUAGUAGUAAUAAUAGAAAGAAGCAGAGGUGCCCUCUCGUUCUGUUAUCAAUGGCUCUAACCAUGAGUAGUUAAAUGCGGUGGUUUUCAGCUCAUCUACUUCUCCACCUUUUUUUGGCCCUUCUCUAUCUUCAUUCAUAUCUUUAAUAAAUCCAAUCUCUCUUGCUCUUAACAAUCUGUGCUAACCCCUACUAUUGAAAAUCUCCUUUCUUUUCUUUUCUUUUUUCUUUUCUUUUCCUCUCGAUAGCUCCGCCUUGCCUGUUCUUAGUCAAAUCUCACCCAUUUCCACCAAAUUCAUAACUCUUUUCACUGUCUCUGUGUUGGGUUCUUGUAUUUAAUCCUCUUGGCUAAAACCCACUUUUCAAAGUCCUCCCGUUCUCUUUCAGAUCCACGAGGACGUAUCACAUUAAAAAAUGGAGCUCUGUUUUGUCGAUAAGCUAAAGUCUCAGCCUUUAUGGUUUCUUGUGCUGUUUUCUUUAGGUUCUUUAUCACUUUUGAGAUGUUUCUUCACUAUUCUCAAUUGGGUUUAUGUUAAUUUCCUUAGGCCUGCUAAGAAUCUGAAGAAAUAUGGAUCUUGGGCUCUUGUAACGGGACCUACUGAUGGUAUUGGUAAAGGUUUUGCUUUUCAAUUGGCUAGAAAAGGUUUGAAUUUGGUGUUAGUCGCUAGAAAUCCUGAUAAGCUUAAAGAUGUUUCUGAUUCUAUUCUGUCUAAAUAUGGGAAAGUGCAAAUCAAGACUGUUGUUGUAGAUUUUAGUGGUGAUAUUGACGAGGGUGUUAAGAGAAUUAAGGAUACUGUUGAAGGAUUAGAUGUUGGUGUUUUGAUUAAUAAUGUUGGGGUUUCAUAUCCUUAUGCAAGGUUUUUCCAUGAAGUUGAUGAGGAACUGUUAAAGAAUUUGAUUAAAGUCAAUGUAGAAGGUACUACAAAAGUUACGCAUGCUGUUUUGCCUGGGAUGUUGAAGAGGAAAAAAGGUGCUAUUAUUAAUAUUGGUUCUGGUGCUGCAAUUGUUAUUCCUUCUGAUCCUCUUUAUGCAGUUUAUGCCGCCACUAAAGCGUAUAUAGAUCAGUUCUCCAGAUGCCUUUAUGUUGAAUACAAGAAAAGUGGGAUCGAUGUGCAGUGUCAGGUCCCGCUCUAUGUGGCAACGAAGAUGGCAUCAAUAAGGAGAUCAUCCUUCUUUGUUCCAUCUACAGAUGAUUAUGCCCGGGCAGGGCUGCGUUGGGUAGGUUACGAACCUCGCUGCACACCUUACUGGCCGCAUUCCCUUAUUUGGGGUUUGAUAUCUAUAGUGCCAGAAUUUGCUGUGGAUGCUUGGCGGUACAAGUUUAACCUUGGAAUCCGAAAGAGAGGACAACAAAAAGAUGCUAGGAAAAAGGAGUAAACUGUACUCUGUUGUAUGAACUGAGUUAUUGGUGUUUGAUCGCAGUAGGCUAAAUCUUUUGGUGGAUUGAACUCUUAGGUUGCCAAUGCCUGGUACUAGUACUUAAAUUUAAUAACUUCAAUCACCUUUGUUGGGAGAUCAUUAGCAUUUUUAGUCGUAUGAACUACGUUUUUCAGCUAUUUGCUUUGCAUGCAAGAAAGAACUUGCAGAACACGUAAAAUUGAUGAUACAUUAUUUAAAGAACCCCUUUAAUGCUGAAAAUUUGAGUUCAUGCA